AUCAACAUGUGUCAAAGGUGGAUGCAUCAAGGAGUGGUCGUGACCGCUCCUACCGUGGUCUCGUCCUAUGAUGAUGACUACGAGGACGGAUGUGAUACCAGUGAAACCGACAGUUGUUGCUUCCAUGUCUCUUCCGACUCUAGUUGCUCAGUGGGCUUUCAUUGCGUCUCGUUCGACUUGGUUCCUCAAAUUCACGAGGUUCCCAACCGAUUCUCAUAUACCGGAGACGAAAUGGAGGCAACCUGGUACGGCCGAAGGGAGAAAGAUGUCAUGCGGGAAGCUGCCUUUGGGAUUGCAGAAUCACUGGACUACUACUACUUUCUAAAUGAAUUUGGACAACCGGUAUCCACCAAGUUUCGGGGACUCGAGUCGUACACUGUGGAAGGAUCCAAGCAACGCAAAUUGAACCGAGUAAAGAACUUGGUGUCUGUGUUACGAGAACAACGACGACAAAGGUCUUGUGGAGAGGUUGUUACCAACGGACCCGUGCUGCUGGAAGCUGCUUGCCGCUCUGUGUCUUCCCAAUGCGAAAAACAAGCCUACGUGCAAGGGAUUAUGGACGAAAAGGAUGCACUGGGAACGGAUAGAAAGCCCGAAGCGAACGACGAGAGUCCCAGUGUGCUGUUGCAUUUCACCAAGCUCUUGAGGGAUUUGGGGCAAUCGAGUGAGCACAGCUAACUAUUGGAGCUUGCUGGGUGGGGGUCUUCGUUCCUUGAUGCUUCCAUACACAUAAAGCAUAGCUGCUACUUAGCUUGUUCUUGUUGUCGAACAAUUAGUGUAAUAGUCGCCUCAUUGGGUUACAUUUUUAUGUAAACACCUCUGGACAGGAGUAGGUCGUAGCUGAUGACUCCAGCUGUACCGGUGCCGUAGACUGUCUGUUGGCACAGCUCCGAAGCAGUGAAGGCUGGGGCAUUCGGAAGGGAACGUUCUUGCAGAACCAAUGCAAUGGCAUGAAGGGAGCUUUUCUGCUAUCAUCAUGACAGCAUCUUCCACUAGAGGGCCCCAUUUGUAGUAGUUGCAAGCUGAACUUGAUAACAUCCGUGGCCGAGCUACCGUCACCAGUGCAGUGGGCAUGAUCAUGGUCAAAUAGAGCUGUCCCCGUUAAACGUGAGCUUCAUCUUGAAGGGUGAUAGGAAGAGAUACCGUGGGUAGAAACGU